UCCGGGACCGUGUUUGGGAUGGGGUUGGGGGCACCGGGGCCGCCAGGGAGCCGGACCGGGUCGGGCGCGGCACCGGGGCCGCCAUGAUAUAGGGGCGCGCCGCUGGUCACAUCUGGGCACUCCUGCUGUGCACAGGCCUCAGUUUCCCCGGCUGCGCAGUGGAUGCACGGGUGAUGCCGCCGGCCGGAUCUGGAUCCGAAUUCGGACCUAGGACUCCGGUGUUGGGCAGCAGCGGAGGAGGAGAGAGCGAUGGACACCCCAGACUCGGCCUCGAGGCUCUUCUGCAGCCGGAUCUUGAGCAUGGUGAAUGCCGACGACGUGAAUGCCAUUAUCCUGGCCCAGAAGAACAUGCUGGAUCGCUUCGAGAAGACCAAUGAGAUGCUGCUGAAUUUCAAUAACCUGUCCAGCGCCCGCCUGCAGCAGAUGAGUGAGCGCUUUGCGCACCACACAAGAACGCUAGUGGAGAUGAAGCGCGACCUGGACAGCAUCUUCCGCAGGAUCAGGACGCUGAAAGGGAAACUGGCCAGGCAGCACCCAGAGGCCUUCAGCCAUGUCCCCGAGUCACUUUUCCUGGAGGAUGAAGAUGAAGACCCCAUCCCACCCAGUGUCACCACCACCAUCGCCACCUCAGAGCAGAGCACGGGCUCAUGUGACACCAGCCCAGACACCAUGUCGCCCUCCCUCAGCUCUGGCUUUGAUGAUCUGUCCCAUGUCCAGCCCAGCUCCCCUGCUGUCAAUGGCCACAGCCCAACAGACCCCAAGGAAAUGCCAGGAGAGUAGCCCACUCUGUGUACUCCGGCCCCAGGUGUGGUCCUGGGUCCAGGGGGGUCUAAUUCCCAAGGUGCCCCUCGGACCCCAGCACCUCAAGGGAGCCUGGCCCAGCCAUACCCAGGCUUGUCGGUAUCUCGGGGUGGCUGCAGGAACAGGCUCAGAGCUGGGCCCCAGAUCUUCUCUGAACAGUACUUAACAUGUCCCCAGGUUCCCCUGUCCUGGUCAGGACAUCCCAGAAAUGGACCUGCAGUGUCACUUCCGAGUUUGCCUAGGCACCCCUGUGCCCUGCCGCUAAUUCUGGCUUACCUACACCUCUCCAGCUGUCAGCUUGGAGCUAGGUGCAGGGCUGGACACAGACCCGCCCUCAGCCCUGGACCUGGCCUGCUCGGAAGUGAGGACCCUGCAGCCCAGCAGGUGUCACCCAGGGCCUUUCCUCAGCCACCGAGGAAAAGUUUCAUGGAAUAUUUUUGUACCCGAUGUUUACAGAUGCUGUUGGGAAGUUAUAAAUAAAAGACUCUCAUUAAGAAGGGACAAACGGCAGCUUCAGCUGCCUUCCAUCCUCAGGCCCAGCCUUGGGCAGUGGUGGUGUGUGUGGGCAAGGCUCUGCUGGGCAGUGCGGACGAGUUUGGGCUGCUCUUGACAGAUCCUGGGUGACAGCCUUAGGAACCCAGCUCUUGCCUCCACGUGAAUCCUCCCACUUUCUGUUCCCUGAUUUCUCAGCUUCCAAUGAAUACCCUGGAGCAGUCAAAAAUUAAUGUUGUUAAAGGUGUCUGGCCAGCAGAGUGGUACGAGUCAGUAGCCCUGCCACUGUACUAGGGAGACUGAUGAAGGAUCACUUGGCUGGGCACAGUGGCUGUGAUCUCAGCACUUGUGAAACAGGCAGGAGAAUCAUUUGCAAGUUCGAGACCUGCCUGGGCUACAAAGUUAGCUCAAGGCCAGCUCUGAACUGCAUAGCGAGACCCUGUCUCAAAAAGACCAAAAAGGAAAAUAAAAAAAUCACUUAAACCCA